UGAAGUUUGAAAUUCAUAGGGGCGCUAGUUCGUACAUGUGAGCUACGUGGGUGUUGCUAGUCGUAUCAUGGAGUUAGUUGAGACAAAGCCAAAGAAAUCAAACAAACCGAAAGAUACACCUUUUCACCAGCAGCGUCUAAAGUCAUGGAGACCAAUUCUAACUGCUAGGAAUGCGUUUCCAAUAUUUCUCACUAUUGGGUUAUUAUCCAUACCAGUGGGUAUAGUUUUACUUGCAUCCUCUAAUAGCGUCUUAGAGGUUGUUGUGGAGUAUACUCACUGCGAAGAUACCGUACGCCAUACACGAUGUUCUGAGUUGGUCAGACUUCCUGACUUCUAUAGGACAUAUAAUAUAUGUUCAUGCAAAGUCGAAUUUGAACUCAAGGAAGAGUUCAAGGGUCAAGUGUACUUUUACUAUGGCCUGUCAAAUUUCUUCCAAAAUCAUCGCCGCUACGUCAUAUCAAAGGAUGAUUACCAGUUACACGGUUCCGUGGAAACUCCAAAACCAAGUUGUGAACCGUAUCGAUUCGAUCCCAAUGGAAAAGUCUAUGCCCCAUGUGGAGCUAUUGCAAUGAGUUUAUUCAAUGAUUCAUUUACUCUAAAAUAUCUUGGUAAAAGCUCGGAACCUCUUGCUAAACCAUUACAAGUUCCAAUGACAAAUAAGGGGAUCGCUUGGCGUACUGAUGUUGAAGAAAAAUUUGGAAAACCACCAGCUGAUUCAUGGGCAAACACAGUAAAGCCAGUCAGUUGGAAAAAGUCAGCUCUUGAACGCUCAUCUGGUGCAUAUAGCGAAGACGAAGAGUUAUUGGUAUGGAUGCGUGUUUCAGCACUACCAACAUUUCGUAAAUUACAUCGUCUAGUCACUCAUGUCGGCGCUUUUUCAAAUGGUCUACCAGCUGGAAUUUAUAGCGUCGAUAUUGAGUACUCUUAUCCUGUCACUCAAUUUGGUGGCACUAAACGAAUUAUACUGUCUACGAUGAGUUGGUUAGGUGGCCGAAAUCCAACAUUAGGAAUAUCCUAUAUUGUUGUGGGCAGUGUGGGCCUUAUUUUAGGUCUUAUAUUUUUCAUUCUUCACUUUCAUACAAUGAACAAAUCCAGUAGCUGGAACAAUGUAUUGAUAGAGUGAUCGACAAACCACACAGACUUCUACUCAUUUUACCAAACUUGCAUUCAGAACAUCGGAAAAUCAUGAGUGAUCACCAGGAACUGUUUAUUUAGACACAACUCACAUGAUUGUGCAAGUAAAACACAGGACUAAGAAGCAUUACAAACAAACUAGGACUUUUUUAUGGAUAACAGUUUGUAGUGUCAGUCAUUAUUUUAAGCCUAUAUAUCUUAUUCUAGCUUUCGGACAUUCCAUUCUAUUCAUUCUACUUGAGUCAUAUUUUAGCCUUGUCAAUUAUUCGUUUAUCAGUCUUGACUGUUUUUAUAUGAGCGUAUAUGUGUGUACACUUCAUGUCCCAUCACAUGUCUGUAGUUUAUUUUUGUCUGACUAUAAAUAUUGAGUAACGCUUAACUGAAAUGGAGUUGGCUUCCCAGCCAUCUUCCCCGCGUGUCAUUUUGCUUUGCUCUGUUUCAUUCGCUUCAUAUACAAAAUAUAUGUAUUCACAAA